CGUUAUAAAGGGCGAUUAGUGUAAACAAACAAGACGCUCGUGAAACACACAUCACAAAUGUCGUUCAUUCCCGUAAGCCCAGAGAGUCAUUUUCCAAUCCAAAACCUUCCAUAUGGAGUGUUUUCUACUGCAGACAAUCCCAAGCCUAGAAUCGGCGUUGCUAUUGGUGACCAGAUUCUGGAUUUGGGUGCUGUCAAAGUGUUCUUUGAAGGACCUGUUAUGAGGACUCAGCAGCAUGUCUUCGAUGAGACAAGUUUGAAUUCAUUUAUGGCACUUGGACGCCCUGCAUGGCAGGAGACGCGAGAAACAUUGCAGAGAAUUCUGUCAGUAGAUGAACAAGGCCUACGAGAUAACCAUGCCCUCAGAGAAAAGGCCCUUGUUCCCCAGUCUUCCGCCACAAUGCACAUGCCAGCAAAGAUUGGAGACUACACAGACUUCUACUCCUCUAAGAACCACGCCUACAAUGUGGGAGUCAUGUUCCGAGGCAAAGACAAUGCCCUCAUGCCCAAUUGGACUCACAUCCCAGUGGGUUACCAUGGCAGGUCCUCCUCAGUUGUCGUUUCCGGUACACCCAUCAGGAGACCUAAUGGACAGAUCUGUCCUGAUGAAAGCAAGCCACCAGUGUUCAGCACAUGCAAGCUGUUUGACUUUGAGCUGGAGACAGCGUUCUUUACGGGCCCUGCUACAAGACUGGGGGAGCCCAUACCCAUUGAGAAGGCAGAGGAUUACAUAUUUGGAAUGGUCCUUAUGAACGACUGGUCAGCUCGGGACAUACAGAAGUGGGAGUAUGUGCCCCUUGGACCCUUCCUUGGCAAAAACCUGGGUACCACAGUGUCACCCUGGGUCGUUACCAUGGAUGCACUGAAACCAUUCAUUGUUGCGAACGCUACACAAGAUCCCAAACCUAUGCCCUACCUUACCCACGAGGAUAACUACAACUUUGAUAUAGCCUUGGAAGUGGCUAUUAAAUGUGAUGGGUUGUCAGCCCCUGCCACCAUCUGCCGCAGCAACUACAAGCACAUGUACUGGACGAUGAAGCAGCAGCUAGCCCACCAUACAGUCACUGGCUGCAACAUCAACCCUGGAGAUCUCAUGGGCUCAGGAACCAUCUCAGGGGAGACUGAGGAUUCCUAUGGCAGCAUGCUGGAACUCUGCUGGAAAGGAACCAAGACUAUUGAGCUGGGUAACGGACUCACACGCAAGUUUCUACAAGAUGGGGAUGAAGUCAUCAUGACAGGCUUCUGUACAGGUGACGGAUACAGGGUAGGGUUUGGUACCUGUGUAGGAAAGGUUCUACCCGCACACCCACUGUAGAAGAGCCUACCCUACAGUAGACAUGGGAUGUUAAAGCAAGACAAAUGUCUAUAAAGAAUAUUUUUUUGAUACACUUAUCAAUGAUAUAUAUCAAUUGAGAAUAUCAAUUUAUUGCCUUAAAUUUAUGUUUGAAAACAAAUUUAAAACUCUGCAUACAAUGUUAUCAUGGCAAUACAAUUCAAUUUAAACAAAAAAGAUUAAACAUUUUGUUGCAGUUACACUUACUUGGAAAGAUGUACUGCAUGCUAUGGAAAUCAAGGAAUUCUAGUCAAUAAUCAUAAUUAAAUUAAAAAUAACUUGAAUGUGUAAAAUGGAAGGGCAAUUGUCCAUUUAAUAUAUGUAGAUGAGCUGAAAUUGUUAAUAAUCGAAAAGUGAGUUAACCAGUAUUUUAGUUUGAGAGCAUACAAAUGUUAUACUGGUUUUUAACCAGGUUUUCGGAAGGAAAAAACUGGUUAUUAGAUUGGCGAAUGCGGGCGGGCUGGCUGGCUGGCUGGCGGGCGGGCGGAACAAGCUAUUCCGGGCCAUAACUAUGUCGUUCAUUGUCAGAUUUUAAAAUCAUUUGGCACAUUUGUUCACCAUCAUUGGACGGUGUGUCGCGCGAAAUAAUUACGUCGAUAUCUCCAAGGUCAAGGUCACACUUUGAGUUCAAAGGUAAAAAAUGGCCAUAAAUGAGCUUGUCCUGGCCAUAACUAUGUCAUUCAUUGUGAGAUUUUAAAAUCAUUUGGCACAUUUGUUCACCAUCAUGGGACGGUGUGUCGCACGAAAGAAUCACGUCAAUAUCUCCAAUGUCAAGGUUGCCACGACUAAAAAUAGAUUUAAAAAAAAAACAAACUUACAAAGGGGGUUGAUUUUGUUUGUUCAUUUCAAAAGUUCAGUUUGAGUUUUCUCCCUUUAUCAGAUUUUUUUUUCACAAUGAAAACCUGGUUUUGUGACAAUUUUGUCCCUUGUUAACUUAUUACUCCAUGCUUGUUAUUUCUAAUUUGCAAAUGAUUCAUCAUGAUUAAUAACCAAGAAGUGUACAUACAAUUUUGCGCUUCCUUCAUGAUAAUGUUGGAAGGGCAUAUAUUGUUAUUCCUGUCUGUGUGUUUGAGUGUGUGGUUUGUUUUUGUGGGGACAUUUUGUGUGAUUUGAUGAUGAUCAGAUUUGAAAAUAAUUGUGCAUGAAUUAUCAUCUUGCCAUGCCAUGUCCGUGCUUAAGACAACCAUGUUGCUAGCUUAAAGCAAAGACUGCAGUUGACAAUUGGAGUAUCUGCUUUUCUAUACAUUGUAUAUUUGUUUAUAGGGAAAUAACAUAAAGUACUUUUUUGUUUGCGUCCUAUAACUCUGACGUGCAUUAUGGGAUUUCAAAAUUAAAUUGGAACAUAUAAUCAUCAUAUCAUUCAACAACUGUGGCGCUAUUGUUACAGGCUGUGUUGACUUGACAUUUUGUCUGUCACACAACACUGGUUUCUGUGUCCAUUAAGGGGGCUUCCUUGUUUUUCAGACCCUUUUUAUACGCCCGUCUAUGACGGGACGUAUUAUGGUAUACCCCGCGUCCGUCUGUCCGUCCGUCCGUCCGUCUGUUAAUGUCGUACGCUACGUCAAAUAUCCUUUGACAGAUUUUCUUCAAAUUUUAACACAAUCUUAAUAUUGAUAAACCCUGAUCCCCUUUCGUUUUUGACGGAAUUCUGAAUUGUCGUUCCAGAGUUAUGGGACUUUGUUCGUCAAAAUUUCGUGAUUUCAUUGAAUGUCCUACUGUAGCUCAAAUAUCCUUCGAUGGAUUUUUUUCAAAUUUCAACACAAUCUUAAUAUUGAUAAACCCUGAUCCCCUUUCGUUUUUGACGGAAUUCUGAAUUGUCGUUCCAGAGUUAUGGGACUUUGUUCGUCAAAAUUUCGUGAUUUCAUUGAAUGUCCUACUGUAGCUCAAAUAUCCUUCGAUGGAUUUUUUUUUUUUUUUUUUAGUAUCCCUGAAAAAUUGAACAAGGUGAGCUUUUUUCUAUUCCGAUUGUACACUACCACUUACCCAUCUACAUUUCUCUUUUAUUAUUGGUCAAAAUAUCUAUAACAGGUUUACUUCAACUCCAUAUCCUCUAAAGAAAUGCAUACAUAUACUCAAAAAAAGAUAUGGUAUGAAUGUCAAGGAGACGGCGCUCCAUGCUCAUGUACUUAUAAAAUAAACCAUGUAUUCAAAUACAAAUAAACUGAAGUAAAAAAAUGAUUCAAAGGGUUAUUUAUUACCUUACUACUUCAUUGGCGAACGACGGGCGUAUCAUGCGCUCAUGGCGCAGCUGUUUAUUAAUCAAUCUUUUGUUCAUGUAUUUAGUUAUCUGUAUUUCAAGAGGUAUAGUUUUUGCCUUUUUUUAAAUGCCAAGAAUUGAGAUUGCUGACAUUCCAGUGAAGUGAAAGCUUUUAAUAAAUAGAUUGCUGAUUGUGCUUUGCUUUUUUAUGUCUGUCCGUCUGUCUGUCCGUCACACUUUGCGUUUAGGUUUAGAAAAAUGCUCAUAACUUCUAUGUCGCUUCAGAUGUAAACUUCAUAUUUGCUAUGCAUGUGUAUAUGGGACAAGACCUUUCCAUACGCACACAAAUUUUGACCCCUUUGACCUUGACCUUGAACUUAAGGUUUUCAUUUAGGUUUCGAAAAAUGCGUUAAGGUUUAAAAAAAUGCUCAUAACUUUUAUCAAAGCGUUAAUCGGGGGCACAUGUCAUCCUGUGGAGACAUCUCUUGUUUGAAUUGGUCACAGUGCUACAAUUUCCUAGUAUUUAUUUUGUAAAUCAGUUUUAUGAUGGUUGUAAAAAUGAAUAAUGUGAUAUUCAUACAAUGAACUGUCGUUUUAAUGAAAUUAUUUAUAUAAUACUUCAUGCAUACUUGGUGCAUAAAUAAUUAUACCAAGACAAGUGCCUUAUUUCAUGUAGUCAUGGUGUGUUUAAGUUAUAACCCUGGUAUAUAGCGGUAAUGCAUAUAUGGUGAGUGUAUGACAUUGUUUCUAAGACUGCAAAUUGCAAAAAAUGAAGUUCUUUAAAAACAUACCGGUAGAAAAAUAUUUGUUAUAUUUAUAUUAUCUACAUGUAGUAACAUAUUACAUUGUAUUAAAAUCAUAUAUUGUUAUAAAAGGUGCUUUUAUAAAAGCUUGAGCCCUUAUUUGCUUCAGUAACUACUCACUAGAAUUCAUCAUGAAAGCAAUUCAUUGUUCACUUUGGUUACAUUUAGCAUUAUUUUUAUCUUCUACACUUUAUUUGUUAGAAUAUAUUUGAAUUUUGAAAUAAAUAGUUUAUGGAUGUUUUAAUUUGAUUCCUACAGACAGGAAAAUGUAUUGCUGAUUGAUCAAUGAUAAUAAACGCUUAAAAUAUGUU